AUCUGAACGAUUCAUCGUUGUUCCAUUUACAAAGAUUCGCUUAACGGAACCUGCAUCAGAUCAGAGAAAUGGACACAAGUGAGCACAAACUCGCCUCGUAGCAGCCACGACUCUCGAUCGAAUCAACCUUGCAGAUCCUUGCUACGGUUGAUGUGGAUCAACAACCCAGCCACUCACUUGAUCAGCUUCCCUCAAACAUCCAUAUGAUCAAUGCAACGAGGAGGCACAGCAGCCCCUCGACAGUCGAUUCAAUAUCUGAUAACGGAGGCUCGUACGUCGUCAACUCGUGUCUCUUCCUUCCAACCUCAAAGGCUCCAGGCUGCGCUGCUUCAGCUUGCACCUCGAGGUGUCCUUUGAUCGCAUUGCAUCCGAAAAAUCAUGAGCUCCUCUAACAUCUAUAUGACGGAGCCGCCAAUUGGUCAGAUCAGACACACGAUUAAUACUCCCAACAUCCACAAGGAACUCAUCGCUGUUGGCGUCUCAACAACCAUCCUUGCCUUUGUAGCUAUCGUCUUACGCAUAUUUACUCGAUCGCAUGUCACGAAGAAUGGCAUCAAUUUUGAUGACUAUAUGGUUACUUGUGCCAUGCUCUUCAGCCUCGUUUUGCUUGUAUGACUGCUGGUCUGGGUUACCAUAUGUGGGAGGUGAAGGCCGAAACUUUCAUGUCACCUUUUCAAAUAGUAAGCCACGUUCUGCGAAUUUGGCCCCUGUUGCUUUAACCAGACCAUCAGUGGAUACUCGUUGGUACAAUUAUGUAUACCACAAGUCUCGCCUUCACAAAGCUCUCUAUACUGCUGUUUUAUCUACG